AUGUGUACCAGUACAAUGAAGCUAUUCGUUACUCUUCGGUGUGCGAAGAGCAGAAAGCAGUGGAAAAGAUACAAGAAAACGGACAAUGAAGCACUGAAACAGCUGAUGUCUUCGGACAUACAGUCAGUGUCAAGGCAGCAGAAGACUAUACUGUUCUUGGGGCAUGACUCAGAGUCCGGUCAGACGGUGCAGAAUAUUGCUAUCAAUGAUCCAUCGUUAGAGUGCCGAGGUGCCCGUGCUAUGGAGACUGAAGUCACUGUGGACGAGUCGAACACUAACUCAACAAACCCACGCGCAAAGAAGUAUCAGUGCAACAAAUGUAAACAGAUAUUUGAUCAACUGUCCGCCUUCAAGCAACACAUGGUCGGCAACCACCGGCUCUCAAACUUAUACGACGUCUCCUCCAACGUCAAGUUCAUGUGCACCGACUGCGGCAAAAAUCUAAAAAACCAAGAAAAGUUUGAGCAACACUGCCGCGGACACGGCGACCCCGAUUUAGAAUGCAACAAGUGCCAUAAAGUCUUCGCCUCAAAAUUUACUUUACGCAAUCAUCGCAAGAUACAUUCUCGGAUGUACCAAUGCAAUUUCUGCUCGAAAUCUUAUUCGACAUCACAGGAGUUGCAAUCACACACAACUAAAGCACACUUUUCCUUUAUGUGCGAAUGUUGUUCUUUCACUUGCGAGAAUUUAGCUGAUCUAACAGCUCAUCAAAAGAUUCAUAAACACGAGACACCUUCAGAAAUCAAUAAUUCAAAGAAUUCCAGUGAAUCUGACUUCGCUGAGACAGGAGGUCUGUUCGAAGAGAUCAGUGACUUCUCAUUGCCAGAAGACAUGGUGAAACGGGAGCAAGAUGAACGCAUCCAAACUGCUGACUCUGUGAUCGCUAAAGUGAUGUCCAACAAGAUAUUUCGAAGCAAUUCGACGAGCAGUAGUAAGAGCAAGAAACAGCGGAAGUACAAUAAGACCUGCGAAGUAUGUUUGAAAAAGUUUGAUCGGAUCGGUGACCUCAAGAGACAUUUGAUCGAGCACGUCAUAAGAAGCACCCUCGCGAAGAACCCAGUCAACAAGUUCGGGGUCCUCAACAUCCGCUGCGAGAUCUGCCAGGAGAAGGUAUUCACUAAAAUAGACAGGUAUAAGGCUCACCUUAGGGAACAUGCUAAACUCACCCUUUACAAAUGUACCUUCUGCGAUAAAUCCUUCAGUGAUUCCAGCAACUUCUCUAAACACAAGAAAAUCCACGGUACCACGUACUUCCAAUGUGACUUGUGUCAACGUAAGUUUAAUUCGAAGAAAAUGAUCACUCAACACAUGGAGUAUCAUAACAAUACAAAUCCUAUUCAGUGUCAGUAUUGUGACAAGGUGUUCCAUUUCGAAUCCAUGCUUAACAAACAUAUUAGGUGCUCUCAUACUAAGAUGUCGACUACCAAGUUUAGGUGUAGGUUCUGCCGUAAUUACUUCAAAAGUUUGAAGGAGAAAUGGGACCAUGAAUGGACGGUGCAUAAUGUCAGGAAGGCAAUCGUUGACUGCCUGCUGUGUGGGUCUAGGUUCAGAAAGUAUGCUGAACUAAAAAGACAUUGCACGGAUGAGCAUGACACCGCCAUACCGCAAGCAAAACGGUUGCUAAGGUGGAAAAUGAAACGAAAAAUGCAAUUGCUCGACGAAAAUUUGUAA